UCACGCGCUGCUUCUGUUCCUACUGCCAUCAAUUCUUUAGCAACACAUUUACUCCCUUUCUUUACAGACUCAUUACUUCCUUCCUGUUGCUUUCCUAUUCCCUAGAGUUUCUCAUCCUUCCAUGUUAUAUGCAGCGCUUUCUUCAUCUCUCUUGGAACAAUAUCCAGAGUGUACAAUCGACAAUCGACCUUCGCUGCUGAGGCCGGAGGAGAUUGCUGUUGAUCCGGAUAUCUCUUUUUUCUCUUGCAUACACCCUUCCCUGAUACCAGAACGCCCAUUUAGCCUGUGCUGCCCUACAAGACCUAUCUGUGCCAGUACAGCUGGUGAAUCAACUGUAUAUAGCAUGGCAACUGGCAAGCCAAGGCUUCUCUUACUGCCGCCAGAGACAUUAGAGCACAUCUUUGGAUAUGCUACUCCAAAAGAUCUCUUGAGCCUGUCACUGGUCUGCCGGUUAUUUCACCAAUUGGCCACUUCGUUACUGUAUCGCAAUAUCAGGCAUGUCUUACCUGUCGGUAGCGGCAGUGAUAGGACUGAUCGGCUUGAAAUUGAUCGUCUCGCAGCAGUGCUAGAGACCUUGACCACAAGUGAUUACAACUAUGCCAGAUUUGUCAGGGAAAUUUCCAUAUACAGUACAUCUGCUGCAGUUUCUAGUGGCAUCUCAGCGCUCCGAGGAGAUGGAGGCAAUAAUGAGCCCGAUUAUGCCCGUGGGAGGCUUUUCAGUUCUCUCUUACUAGCAGUCUUGAAAAAGGCUACGGUAUUGGAAACCUUCAGAUGCAACUUGCGUAUGGAGAUACAUCAGUCCGUUUUUGCAGCUCUCAGCAAGCUACCGAGUCUCCAAGAUUUGCACGUUCGACUGCCAAUUGCAUCUGCUGUGGGCUCCACUCCGGUCUAUGGCAUGCCUUUUGGGGUGUCACCACCCAUGGCUUUUCAUAGCAGCCACCACCACCACCAUCAUCAUCAUACCCUUCAUGAUCCCGAUUAUGUCCCAGAUGAGUCCAUUGUAGAGGGUGCAGGUAAUAACCCUUCCAAGAAAACGACCGGAGAUGAAACACUAUUUGCCCACUUUUCCGGCCUGAGAAGCUUGGCCGUGUUGGAAAUGGACGACUUAGAACGAGUUUCUGAAAUAGCACAGUGCAUUUCGUCCUCAUAUUCGACACUCAAAAGCUUGAAGCUCUCCUUUUCUGACAGUCUUGCUUUAAAGGCACGGAAAAAGUUCCCAUCAGGUACAUCAGACUCGGAUUCCGCCUCUGAUGAGGAUGACUUUGGUGGUCCAAUACCACUAGUACCGCAACCUGCCUUCGUCAACACAAGUCCUGGUUCGGGCCCAUCUGCUACGGGCCCCUCCACGGAAGCCGACGUUCGCAGGGAACGAGGUGACCAAGAAAGUGUUCUUGCUCAAAUCUUUGGCUUGGACGAAUCUGUAUCCCAGCAGUUUCCCCACAUAGCUCUUGACAAAGCCGUUGCAGCUGCCAGCCAGGAGAAGCUAGGAACUUUGGGGAAAGUAACUUGGCGUAGUGAAGAUAGGUUAUUUGUGAAAGAACUACACCAGGCUGCACAAGAGUUGCUCACAUCUGGUGAAAAAGUGCCAAGCAAGGUCUUGCAGGCGUUUCUAAAGUUGCGCAAUGCAGCCACUGAAUACCUCGAAUGGGCAGAUAAAUCACGUUCUUUGAAAGUGAGCAGAAUCUCGCCUCCUGGUCAUGAGCUUGUUGGUAAUGUGCGAAGCACGGUUGCGUCUGUAGAAGACAACACUCACGAGACUGGGACCAUAAAAGAUGAAGAUACCGAUGAAGAUGCGAAAGCUCUGACUGUCAACUCGAAGGGUGUAUAUCCUAAACUGGCCGAUACCUUAUCCGACGUAAUUGACCUAGACCAUCCUGACGACCUUGAGGAUGCGGGAGAAGAUCAGCAGUUUUUGGGUACUGAUGAUGAUCAUGACGACAAUAAGGAUCAACGCUUGAAUCCUAGCCUUUCGGAGCAUAAUGGGAACGGCUAUAAUACUAUGUCAGAAGGACACCAAAUAUCAUCAGACUCGAAAGGCAAAAUGACAGCCAGAGAGCUGCCGAAUUCAGUCAACUUCAUCGAGUGUGAACCAAAGCAUAAAGUGGCUAGCCAGUCUAUAGAGGACUAUAUUCGAAAAACUCAUGGGAUUCCCUUGGAAAGCCUUUCUAUCCAUCUCAUUCCAGUGAAACCAGCGGUCCUUUGUCGCGCUGUCGACAUUUCCAUCCUAAAGCAUCUAUCCUUACUGAACGUUGGCCCACAGCGCAACAUUUGGACAAUGUUUCAGAAAAUUCCUGACUGCCAGCUGACGUCUAUUUAUACAGACGAUGUCACACAAACGUUUCUGUCAUUCGUUAACGGCCUUGACAAAGUUACCGAACUCUUUUUGAUUGAGCGCAGUGGUCAAUCAGCAGUUCAGCCUUUCGCACCGAAAACCACCGUCAAAAUCGAGGACAUUAGACAGCAAAUUUUGAAGAAGCAUAUGAAGAAUUUACGUAGACUAAUGAUUCGCAACGAUGAAGAUUCGAGCUGGGCCCUUAAUUCGAAAUCUGUCCGCUGCCUGACGAAAUCUGGAUUAAAUCUGAUUGAGCUUUCAGUUGGCCUAAACUCGAGUGGUUUUCAUCGUCUUAUGCAAGGAAUAUCCGGGCUACGGGCCCUUAUAGCCUUGCAGCUUUACUUUUUCAAGUCCGAUAGCUGCCGUUGGGUUUUAAGAGAGCUACGAUUCUGUGUUGUGGACCACAUCUUACAUCACUCAACGCUCCGUUUAAAAUAUGUGGCAGUGUGCCAUCCGGAGCAUCGCUCGCCAGUCGUGUCCCAAUUGAUAAGAAAACCAUGUCAACAGUCAAGCGCAGGCGAUACAUCUGAACCAAGGGGACAGGGAUUGUCUAAUAUCAAUCCUACAUCUGCUUCUUCAUCAUCGUUGACAACGUCAACCCUUCACGAGCAGCCAGGAGAUACUUCUGAUGAAAGUGACGACGGGACUGACCCGUCUUCUUCGCCUCAGAUGUACGUGAAGUCUCUUAGGCUCCAGGAAGUUAUUGGCAUUAAGAUGUGGGAGAAGGAAAUAUGGAAUCUGAAACUCUGAUCUCCUGCCACCGUGACGGACGAAGCUACGAUCAAAUUGCGUCCAACAAUAAUAACAAAGUCGUGGUUUGGUCGAUUUUCCCUCUUACGAUGCUGUUCUGCUAGCCAUCGGCUGGCCCUUCUGUUCUCUCCGAUUCAAUAUUUUUCACAUGCAUUGGAAUCAUUAGUUCUCCUACCAGUCGUUCCGGUAAUCAUUCUCAUACCAGGGGACCCAAAGGAGGAGAUGGUUUGGGUGUGGUUGGUGUACUUAUCAAAGCCAGAACAAAUAACCAAGGCUCAGCACAGUUGGAUUUCUAAAGGAAUAGACGGCCGUUCGUUGGUUAUUCCUGUAGUUGUAUUUAUG